AGUAGUUAAUGUGAUUUUGAAUCUCAGUGAAUAUACUAUCAAUAGUGAUUUAAUUGCAAUACAUAUUUUUAAAAGAUUGGCAUUAACACAUGCAAGGAUAAAAUCAUAUGUUAAUAAUUUAACGGUAGUAGUGUAGAAGUGAUAGACUUACUACAAAAUAAUUAGUAUAUGUGAAAUUACUUGCAAUGUGGAUAGCGAUAAUGAAGACUUUCUUGUUCCUUAUUGUGAUGCAAAGGUUAUGCUGUGAUGCCUCUUCCUACGAAGACAAUUAUAAGGACUAUGAGUUGCACCCUACCUCAAGAUCGUCUUGUAGCAGAAACUGUCAAAAAUGCAUCGCUGAGAGAUGUGAAAGCUGCAAACUAGGGCGGUAUGGGCGGAACUGUUCACAGUUAUGUCCGAUAAAUUGCGCCCAUAACGUUUGCGAAUUGCUAACUGGCGACUGCACAUCCGGGUGUCGGUUCGGUUAUUAUGGGGAGAAAUGCCAAUACAGCUGCUUUACAAGUUUUCAAAGGUGUAUUUUUGGGUGUACCGAUGGUAAUUCUGGUCCGGAAUGUGAAUGCAAAGCGCCUUGUCUCGAAUGCGAUCCCACUGGAGAAUGCUUAUGGUGCCCACUCGGCAAGUUUGGGCUGACCUGCGAAAAGAAUUGCUCGCGUAACUGUAAAAAUGGGAUGUGUGACGUUAGAAAUGGCUCGUGCUCCAAUGGAUGUGAUGGCGACUUUUACGGCAAGCAUUGUAACGUUACAUGUCCUGGCACGUGUAGCAAGAUCAAAUACGGACCUUCCUGUCAUGACGAGAGUGGGGCGUGCUUAUUGGACUGUCCCAUCGGAUUUUAUGGCCUAAGCUGUGCAAAAGUGUGCCACCAAUGUGUGAAAGACGUAUGCCAAAGGGAUGACGGUGUCUGCACCUAUGGGUGCAUUCAGGGAUACAGCUAUGACAUUGUUGGCAAAAAGUGCAUAGCUGGUACCAACGACACGUUUACGGAUCGCAGCCACGCCCUCUUGUCUUCAACUUCUACACUCGGUGUCGUACUCGGAGUUGUUUUGGGAGUUGUCGUGCUUACUGGCUGCGUGGUCAUGGCAGCUGUUUGCUACAGAAGAAAGGGGCGAAAACCUGUUAAUGACUCGGAGGUGCAACCUCCUGUUGGGUUGCCAGCCAUGUCUAAUUCCACUUACGAAAUGUUUGAAGACAUGUCUGGAAAGAGACCAGCGAAUAAUUACAAGUUCCCAGCACUGAAUGCCCACAUACAAAGACUUCUUGGGAGAAACAACUCAACCUCAUCAAGUGUUUCAAAGUCAGGAUGCGUGAGCGAAAACUUUGGAAACCCUGAUGUAGAUGUUAACUACAUUACACCGAUCAACAGUAACAUGUACGACAGUAUAGACGGGGAUCAAGACACGUCCGUGGCUCCGAUAGGACUGGUUCAUAAUUCAACAUCGUCAUCAAACACAACAAAGUCCUCGAGUAUAUUAUUUCGAGAGCCAAGUACCAUCCAUCCUAACAUCGAAACGCACAGAGAGUAUCACAACGUCGAAUUACCGGUAACUAGGUCGCAACCUGCCGAUGCUGGUACAAUGUAGCGGCGCGGUUGGUUACAUCACAUCAAUUUCAGACGUAAGCUGGAUUGCAGGUUUCUCAAGGUUUCGCAGUUCAGGUUUCUCAAGUUAGAACAACCGACAGUCUGAUGAUCCCUUCCACAUCCGACUGUCGGGUACGAAGAUGUCGGGUACGAAGGGAACAUAUACACCGACCCGGACAACCUUAUGUUUUAAUAGAGCAUGAAAUAGCCAUUGAUUUUGACUUUCUACGAUAUCCACACACGCAAGUGUUGGCUAUUUCUGGACAGCGGAUACAUUUGUAGAUAUAGUACCUUAAUGUUACGUAACUGACACAAUAGUCGAUACUUGUGGUGCAGCCAACGUGCAAAAUUCUCAGUAAGCAAGUCACUUAUAGAUAUAACAAUAAAGCGCCACUUAAGUGUUAUAUGGGGAUGGUGGAGACUAAGAAAAUACCGGUUAAAACACCGGCUUAAGGGUCAACUUUGGCUUUAGUGUACGAACAGCGGAAACAAGUGAAGUACUCAUGGUACUAUUCGGCUUAUUAUCCAUGACAUCCAAGAUUGUAUAGUUCAAUAUGUGCAAGUUAAAUUUGGUCGAGAUUGAAUGUAAAAUAACGUUUCUUUCUAAUCCUCUCACUUAAGUGCUUACGCGUUGUUGACGUCGGAUUUAUUUUUGAAAUUACACUUUUUAAAGUAAUGAAAUUUACAAAAUAGCUUAUCGCGCAGCUCUCUUGCAAAAUACACGUUAUCAUGAUACUUUCAGCAAAUAACAACAAAACAUAUUCGACCAAUUACUGAUUGGGAUGAAAAACAAAACCCCUUGUAUUCAGCGGUCACAAAUUCAAUUAUUUUGGCAAACAAAUCGGCAAAAACUCGAGUAAACAAUAUGACAUAUGAUCGAUGAAAUACAUUUGUAUAUUACUUUACAUACUAUGUGCAAGUUUGUUCAAAAUGAAAUUGAAAAUGAAGUUUAUUCCUACCACAGUGUUCACCGUUUAUGUAAGAUUUUUUUUUUCAUUGAACCCAAUACUGAAACACAAGAAAACGUGUUCCUAUUGUUGUGGGAGCAAAGCCUUUAGAAGCCAUUCAACAGCAUGUCAACUUUGUCUUUUAUUUUCGCAAGAACAAAAGGAGAAUAACUCAAAUAAAAAAUGUGAACUAUGUCUCAUAAUCAUUGAUGUACAAGAUUAUAUGGCUCAACGCAAUUUUAGCAAGUUUGGUCAAUAUUGAGAGAAAACUAAAGUUUAUAUCACAACAACACCAACUUGUUGACGUUUUAUCGACGAUUAAUUAUUUGGAUGGCAAUAUCUUAAAAGUAACGUAACUAACAAACUUACCAAACCGUUUAAUAGAUUUAGUAAAUGUGUGGCUUUCACAAACAACUUGUUCCAUUAAUUCCUCAUUUGAGGGUAGGAGAGAAGUUUAAUUACGGUUAAUUUGCGUGAUACUUUUAGAUCUGAA